AUGAGUAAAACUGUCACCUUCGAGCGUGAAUGCACAAUAAAACCAGAAAGCCACAGUAGAAGGAACAACCUGAUCUUGUACAACAUUUCAGGAGAGGAAAAUGAAUCUACCGCUAUGACAGAAGAUACGCUUUACAUCUUCAUGGAAGAAAAAUUAAAGAUGGAAGAAGAAGAAGCCAGCGAUAUUUGUAUUGAGAGAGCACACCGCCUGGGUAAAAGAAAAGAUGACAACAAACCGCGCCCUAUUGUUGCCAAAAUUAACUUCCAUGAGGAUAAGGAACAUAUACUUUUCAUAGCCUAUAAAUUAGCAGGAACAGGCCUUGGAAUCUCGCAAGAUUUUCCACAAGAAACCAGAAGGUUAGUUAAAGUUUUGAAAGAUGCGAAGAAAGAGGGACGCGAGGCCAAAUUGGUUUAUGACAAACUUUACAUCGACGGCCAAAGAUACAGACCAAGUGCCAAAAAAUAAUUCCAAGACAGGACUGCCCUAAACAGGAAAAUACGUCUUAAAGUGCCUUGACUGGUAAAGAAAUCAGAUUUAACUCAAGUAAUGUUUUUAUGCCUGUGUUUUGUUGUUGAUGCAGUUGAUGCUAUUGUACAUGUAGUUGUUUGUUUACAUGUGGAUAUUUUUAUUUGUUUCCUAGUUAUUACGUUACUUUUCUAUGCGCGUGUGCAUGAUGAUGGAAAUUAGUCUUUAUCGUUUUUAUCAGAUGGUUUCACUUCUCGGAUAAUAAUUAGUCUUACCAUAUAUUUCAUAUUUUGCCAAUAAUUAUAAUACAUUAGUUUGUUUCCUGUGUUUCCUCUACAGCCCUCUGCUAAAUCACAGAAGGCAGCCGCAUUUUAAAUGAACCAUGCCUUUAAAUUAUUAUCACUGAAUGUAAAGAGCAUUAGCAAUUUCCGUAAAAGAAGAACAAUAUUUACAUGGUGCCAAAAGAGAAAUUCAUUAUGUGCUCAUAAAUAUCUAUGCUCCAAACAAGGACAGAGAUAUUAUUCAAUUUAUUAAAAACAUACUGAUCACGUUGCGAUCUGAAGACUUUGAUAGUGAAGAAAACAGUAUUUUUGGAGGUGAUUUCAACUGUCCUCUUAAUCCUAUUAUGGACAAACAAGGUGGUGUAAUGACACCUCGAGAAUUGGUGAUAUCAUGCAUUAAUGACUUUCAGAGCGAACUCGAUCUUGUUGAUAUAUAGAGAUUCAAACAUCCAAACACUAAGAGCUUUACCUGGAGUCAGCAAUUGCCAAAUAUAUUUUGCCGUCUUGAUUUCUGGUUAAUCUCAAAUAAUUUAUAUGAUUUGGUUUCGAACACUGAAAUAAUUCCAGCUAUUAAAACAGAUCACUCAGCUAUCUAUUUAGAAUUUGAAAAUAAUUAUAGAUAAGAACGUCAAAGGACUAGGCUUUUGGAAACUGAAUUGUUCAGUAUUAAAUGAUGAUGAUUAUGUGUAAGAGAUCACAAACAUGAUAGUGAUGUGGACUGCUGAGGGUGAGAGAGAGCUUUCUGAUCAUCGUAGUACUUAAGACUGGACAAAAUAUAAUGUAAGAGCCUACUCAACAAAUUAUUCUAAAAAGAAAGCCAAGGUACGUAAUGAGCAAGAAAAAGAACUCCAGAAAGAUCUUGACAAUGCCAAGGUUUCCUUUGAAACUAAUCCUACUGACUCAAAUGGCAGUCUUUUAAAUACAGCUAUUUAAAGAGAAAUUAAAAACGUUCUAUUAAGAAAAAGUCAAGGGUGUCAUUAUUCGAGUGCAGGCUCGAUGGCACGAACACAGUGAAACAGGAGGUAUUUCCUUAAUUUAGAAAAAAGAAACCAUGUUGAAAAACAUUUUCGCAAAUUUGCUAUAAGUGGAGUUGUAACAAAAGAGCCAUUUAGCUUUUACCGAAAUGAAUUUACUUUAUGAUGACAUUUUGAAGCUUAAUGAAAAACCAGUAAAUGCAAAACGUAUGUCUAUUUUGACCAGCACUUCCAUAGCUUGUUUCGAAGUGCUUUUACUAUUCCACUUACAAUGUAUAAGGCCAUUUGGCUCUACAUAUGGAUAUGCCCCUCUGUUUAUAAGCUCUCCUUAACCCCCAUUGAUGAUGUAGAUUGUAUAAGCCCAGGGCUUAUAAGUGGCAAUUUAUGGUAUUGGCUAGCUUUGGAGAUUUCAAGUUUGAAGUUUUCAAGUGUUACAGCUGUAUUUUUUGGCUGUGAGAGAAAACUCCUUUGCUUUUCAGCACAAUGUAUUUUUUCCUAUGUGCCACAUCCCAGUAGUUGUGUUUAUUUAAAAAAAAAAACAGACUACUGGUGAAAUGGUUUUCUAACUAGACCUACCGGUAGUCUUUUGGCAGUUUUUGUUAUGUACAUGUAGUGCACAGUUAAAUCUUUGAUGAAAAACAUCAAGUGUAAACUGUUAGUGGGUACUAAUUAAGCGUAAACCAAAGAAGUUGGACUGAGGAAAAUGUCCAAUAUAUAAAAAAAAAAGUCACCUCCCAAAAUCAAGAAAUAUUUUGGCUAAAAAAUAUCAUUUAACGUUAUAGUUUCCAAAAAAAGCAGGAAUUUAUUUCUUUUUUAUAUCACUGAAUGUUACUUCUCUCAUAACUGGUUGCAAACAUCGUAUUUUUACAAUUGCAUAAGAAGGUAGGGUCGGUGAGUUUCUGGUUGGCAGAGGCCUCUUUUCCUUGGUUUUCCUGGGUGGGACCUUUUCUUUCUGCCCACAAAGUACCCAGAAAAAGAGGCUUUACUACCAUGGAACUUACAGGGUGACAACUAUAACCAGGGGUACCUAGCCAAAUUGACUGAUCAGAUAACAGGAAAGUAAUAGCACUAUACAUUUCAAGCAAGCUACAUGUAGUUGUCAAUCACAAUUACCAGAAAACGAAAAUAAGCAACACAGAUUGAAAUAAACUAAUUAAAUGUACAUCCAAUCUUAUGGAUGUGACCUUUUGAAUCCACUGAUGAAAGCAUGUGUUUCCUCAGAGGUUAGAGUGACUAAAGGAGGCUAAAAACAUAGUGGUAGUUUUGACUUGAGGUUGCAUUUAGUUUUGCAAAGUACUGCAAAAUAUUGAUAUAACAAACCUGUUUACAAUGAAGUCCUCAGCACAUUGAACUAUUUUUUGACCCCAGUAAUAUAAAAAUGUAUGGAAAAGAACCUUGAUGUAAUAAAACCUCAUUAUAGGGAACAUACAUGUAUUUUGCCAGUCCCUUGGCCUUUCGUUAUAUCGAGGUUCCAUUGUAUGACAAUGUUAGCGAGUAAAUUGCUGGUACACAGUAGAUGACAAAAUAACACCUUGUAUCAAACAAAUAUGUCUCUUGGGUGUUAUAUGUACAAUAUGUAAAGUUUGGGAUAGAAAAAUUAUCUAUUAAGUGCUAAUGAUAUAUGAAAUAAAUCAUAUAUCAACUGCGGAAAUGAAAUGAAGAUGAAGAAAUGAUCGUCGUAGUGAAUGCAUAAAGGCGUUUGUUGUCAAUAUUCAAAUUUUUUGCUUCAAGUACAUGUAACUUAAUAUUUUUGCUUUGUCUAAGUGGCCACAGUUACGGCAAUUGCACACAAAGCCGAAAGGUAAAUUAGGUUUACAUGUAUUUUAUAUAUCCAACUAUUACUACCUUGUGUUAUUAUAAAAGAAGACUGCAUGUACUACCAUAAGCAUGAAACUGUCUCUGUAAAAGGUUGUGCUUGGCUCUUCAUGUACAUGUAUAAGUAUGAAGUCCAUUUUUGUGAAAAUUUGUUCCCCCAACAUGCAAACAUAGUUAAAAAUGGUGAUGAGUAGAAAAUUAAUUUGACUAGUGUAGUAAUUUCCUGCUACUGUACUUUAUUGCUUUCAAGUGAUAAUUAGAUUUGAUACAAUGUUUACUGAUGCAAAUCAAUUUCAAGUGCUCAUAAAUCAUGGCUCUGAACCUGUUGGCAUUUUAUCUGAUUUUUCCAUAUAUAUAUAGGGGUGGAGAGUCUGAAAAGGAGGGAGGUCAGGAUCAUUACAGAGUUGACAAAAGCACCAAACUUUGCACAGCAAUAGCUUAUUGCAGUGCCAUGAAUAUUAGAGGGGGUGCCCAAUGCAAAUAAUUAUGCCACUGAAGCGUGCUAAACAGGAUUUAAUUAUUGUAAAUGUCACCUGCUGCGGUCCCUGUGGUGUUUUGAUUGAAAAUUGUUAUUUAAUACCUUAAAUCACUCAGAAUACUCUUCUCAUGUUGUAAGCAACAAUUUCACUUGAACAUCUGGCAUUCCCAUCCAUUAUUAGCUUAUUGAUUGUAUAAUUAAGUUGAUUAUUACUGUGCCCUUAAAGCAAGUCCACAGUCUGCCAACAUUUUCACAAGUCAUUUCUAAGAUGGCCUCGUCUUUGCUUCAUAACUUGCAAGUACUCAGCUUCUGGGGUCUCUUCUCCUUUUCUAAUAUAAUGUAUUUCAAUUAGAGGAGGCCUUAUUGUGUGGCUAAAGCCUUAUUUAUCAAGUAUUACUUGUCAUUACAUGUCACUUUAAGCUAAAGAAAGCGUAUGGCAUAGCAAUUCACACACAAAAUUUUAGAAAAAAAGAACUUGCCAGAGAGUCUGUUGUAUCACAUAUUAUCAGGGAUUUAUGACAGUUGUUCAUGAAGAGCAUGUUUGACAGAGAAGAAAGCAUCGUGGCACAAGUCAUAUCAUUUACAAUUCCCGCAGUUUGUCUAGGCUGUACAAAGCAAAAACAUAUAAUCCAUAUAAUCUCUCAAAAAAAUUGGUCACAUUCACAUGAUAGGUGGGCUGACCCUUCAAGAUGUGUAGCCCGGUCUGCCACACCGGGUAACCCUCCCAGCCGAGGUCAAAUUUUGCCAUGUCAGGUGAGGUAACCCAGGCUAGUCGGGGUCGGAUUCGUGAGCAACAAGUGAGCGUAGACGUGGUUUGCCAGCAUUUUUCUUGUUUACGUGCUUAGCGACCAUUCAAUAAUCUUGAGAAAGUGCACCCCAGGAUGGCGGGGUUGUAAGAUUGCAUGUAAAGGAGGGUUAUUUUUUCACCCCACAUAAGCAGGUUGUUAACAGGCCCUAAGUCUCAAGAACCGUGAAACUGGUAUUAAACAGUAUACCUAACCUUGGACUAGCUGUGAUACUUCUUCCAUAUGUCUUUAAAAACGUCAGCAUAGCAGCCAAAGGAGUCAUUCAUCGGUGUAACACGAAUAUUAGAUUGCGGUUGUUUCAUGCCUCUCGUUUUGUGACUUUUUUUGUGUUCGUUUUUGUCACCAUCUCUAAAUUUCAAUCAUGUUCAAAACCCCCCUACUAAAAAAAUAUUUCGUAAAGCUCUUUAGAAUGAUAUUCAGCAAUAAAAACAAGGUGUGACCAGGAGCCGAUUUCUAGGCUCCUGGUGUGGCAACAUAGGCAUAAGUGAAUGCAAAGUUUUGCGGUAUGUAAUCUGUCAGAAAUCUGUUUGAGUGGUCAAAGUUGGGGCUGGUGGGCUUCUUUAUCAUGACCACUCCAUUAUUAUAAGGGAACAGGCCAUAAUUAUUGUUGACCCUUGCUUUUUUUGGUAUUUUCUGUAACUUUCCACAGCGUUAUUUUGUGGAAAGUUGGUAACUGAAUUGCUUUUGAGGAAUUCAUGAUCGUAAGAUUUCGUAAGGCCAUCCCAAUAAAAUGUUUCGUUUCCCAUCGCCCUCCCUCUCGUGAAGGUGGGUAGGUCGGUCGGGCAAAAGAAAAAAAAAUGAACACAUGAUUGCACAUUAAAUCUCACGUUUAGUCUGCAAGAUAUAAUCAGUUGGUAAUAGAUGUAUAUUAACAGGACUAUCAAAUGUCUAAAAAGGCUACAAAAACGAAAUAUCGAUGAUAAUUUAAGACAAUUGAUGUUAAUAAGACAAAAUCGUGUGCUUGUAAAUUAAAGUACUUGCUUCGUUACAAGUGAUUCUGGAAUUUUUUUUUUACUUUUCCAAAAAAAUGGGUCGGUCGGGCGAUGGGAAACGAAGCAUAAAAUUGGGAUGGCUAACCACGGGGUAUUUGCCUAAUUGCAGCAAACAAAUUACAUUCAUUUUCAUAAAUGAUGUAUCAUUGGUUGGCUAAAAGAGGCGUUGUUCCUGUAACUUUCAGCUCUUCUGAAGUUAGUUUGUUUGUAAAUUGUAAUGCACGCGACGUCCUUCCUUUUUUUGAAAGAUCGUAUAGACCUACCAUUAACACUCUGGAGCAACGGCUCUGAGGUGCAUGAGCUCCUUGCAGGUGUCUAGGUAUGCAGGGACCUCAUACACUUCUUUUUAAAUGCAAAUGUGUAAAAAAUGAAGAGUGUUAAAAAUUCCCUGAGAGGCAUGUUUUACAACCUCGUCCCCAGGGCUUUAUAAAAAGGUAGAAAAAGGUAAAGCGACCACAUUUUACGUCAAUAACUCGUGACAGUAAUAAUAACUGAUAAACUUGAAGUCGACGGUGCGCUCCUUUUAUCCCCCUCUCUCCAUUAGUGCUCUUUUUUAAGGGUAUUUAAAGCUAGUCAAAGCUACACAGAAAGGAGAGAAGUUGAAAUAAGGAUGUGUUGACACCGGGAAUCGAACUCGGGACCUCGCGCACCGAAGGCUGCGCACUAACCAACUGUGCCACCCUUGCUCCUCUUUUUCCCCCUGAGGACGAGGUUGACAUGUUUUAAGCAUUAUCUCAAGGACAGGGUUACCAUCCCGAGGAGGCACUCUAGUUACUCGCGCGUAUAUUAAGGAAAGUACUUACAGCUGAAAUAUACAGUCAUACAGUCAAUAUAGAAAAAAUCUCGAUUUACUUGAAGAGGGGCCGCGAGAAAUCUGUAGGUAAUGACGACGUUUCGAUUGUUUGCGCCCGCAAGUACGAAAUGGUUAGGAUGACGUAAAGCACAAAAAAUCCCAAAGGGACCGCUUACAAUAGGUAGAUUUUGUGACAAUAAUGGUGCAGUCAUACUUCGAUACUCUUUUGCGUUACGUGUUAUCAGUGACAUUCUGUGGAGCAGUUGUUAUGAAAGUUAUGGACCAAAAGACACUCGUUAAGCACAGAUGAAGUUAUAAGGUGCGUAUAACAGUGUAUAUUUUAAACACUCAGUGAGUUUUCCAGACACGAGUUCACAAAUCUUUGAUUGGAAACCUUGCCAGACACUCUUUCUUUGACCGGAAUAAGACUCGGCCCCAAACAAGCAAGAAGAGUGAAUGAUUCAACGGCUAGCUUAUCACUAGCAGAACGAUGGAUGAUUAAAGAAAUUCGCCGACCAUCAAAUUCUGUGCUGACUUAUUCCCUGCUCACAGAUGUCCUUCCGCUAUAAAGUUUCUAAAACUGUGAAAAGUUUGAACCCAGGAGUCAUUUCAAAAGGUUGAGUUUGAUCGUCCGGGUGAACGUAGUCCUGAAUAGGACUGUUGUUGUUGACAGUGACUGACGUUUCGACUUUACAGAGUUGACAAAAGCACCAAACUUUGCACAGCAAUAGCUUAUUGCAGUGCCAUGAAUAUUAGAGGGGGUGCCCAAUGCAAAUAAUUAUGCCACUGAAGCGUGCUAAACAGGAUUUAAUUAUUGUAAAUGUCACCUGCUGCGGUCCCUGUGGUGUUUUGAUUGAAAAUUGUUAUUUAAUACCUUAAAUCACUCAGAAUACUCUUCUCAUGUUGUAAGCAACAAUUUCACUUGAACAUCUGGCAUUCCCAUCCAUUAUUAGCUUAUUGAUUGUAUAAUUAAGUUGAUUAUUACUGUGCCCUUAAAGCAAGUCCACAGUCUGCCAACAUUUUCACAAGUCAUUUCUAAGAUGGCCUCGUCUUUGCUUCAUAACUUGCAAGUACUCAGCUUCUGGGGUCUCUUCUCCUUUUCUAAUAUAAUGUAUUUCAAUUAGAGGAGGCCUUAUUGUGUGGCUAAUGCCUUAUUUAUCAAGUAUUACUUGUCAUUACAUGUCACUUUAAGCUAAAGAAAGCGUAUGGCAUAGCAAUUCACACACAAAAUUUUAGAAAAAAAGAACUUGCCAGAGAGUCUGUUGUAUCACAUAUUAUCAGGGAUUUAUGACAGUUGUUCAUGAAGAGCAUGUUUGACAGAGAAGAAAGCAUCGUGGCACAAGUCAUAUCAUUUACAAUUCCCGCAGUUUGUCUAGGCUGUACAAAGCAAAAACAUAUAAUCCAUAUAAUCUCUCAAAAAAAUUGGUCACAUUCACAUGAUAGGUGGGCUGACCCUUCAAGAUGUGUAGCCCGGUCUGCCACACCGGGUAACCCUCCCAGCCGAGGUCAAAUUUUGCCAUGUCAGGUGAGGUAACCCAGGCUAGUCGGGGUCGGAUUCGUGAGCAACAAGUGAGCGUAGACGUGGUUUGCCAGCAUUUUUCUUGUUUACGUGCUUAGCGACCAUUCAAUAAUCUUGAGAAAGUGCACCCCAGGAUGGCGGGGUUGUAAGAUUGCAUGUAAAGGAGGGUUAUUUUUUCACCCCACAUAAGCAGGUUGUUAACAGGCCCUAAGUCUCAAGAACCGUGAAACUGGUAUUAAACAGUAUACCUAACCUUGGACUAGCUGUGAUACUUCUUCCAUAUGUCUUUAAAAACGUCAGCAUAGCAGCCAAAGGAGUCAUUCAUCGGUGUAACACGAAUAUUAGAUUGCGGUUGUUUCAUGCCUCUCGUUUUGUGACUUUUUUUGUGUUCGUUUUUGUCACCAUCUCUAAAUUUCAAUCAUGUUCAAAACCCCCCUACUAAAAAAAUAUUUCGUAAAGCUCUUUAGAAUGAUAUUCAGCAAUAAAAACAAGGUGUGACCAGGAGCCGAUUUCUAGGCUCCUGGUGUGGCAACAUAGGCAUAAGUGAAUGCAAAGUUUUGCGGUAUGUAAUCUGUCAGAAAUCUGUUUGAGUGGUCAAAGUUGGGGCUGGUGGGCUUCUUUAUCAUGACCACUCCAUUAUUAUAAGGGAACAGGCCAUAAUUAUUGUUGACCCUUGCUUUUUUUGGUAUUUUCUGUAACUUUCCACAGCGUUAUUUUGUGGAAAGUUGGUAACUGAAUUGCUUUUGAGGAAUUCAUGAUCGUAAGAUUUCGUAAGGCCAUCCCAAUAAAAUGUUUCGUUUCCCAUCGCCCUCCCUCUCGUGAAGGUGGGUAGGUCGGUCGGGCAAAAGAAAAAAAAAUGAACACAUGAUUGCACAUUAAAUCUCACGUUUAGUCUGCAAGAUAUAAUCAGUUGGUAAUAGAUGUAUAUUAACAGGACUAUCAAAUGUCUAAAAAGGCUACAAAAACGAAAUAUCGAUGAUAAUUUAAGACAAUUGAUGUUAAUAAGACAAAAUCGUGUGCUUGUAAAUUAAAGUACUUGCUUCGUUACAAGUGAUUCUGGAAUUUUUUUUUUACUUUUCCAAAAAAAUGGGUCGGUCGGGCGAUGGGAAACGAAGCAUAAAAUUGGGAUGGCUAACCACGGGGUAUUUGCCUAAUUGCAGCAAACAAAUUACAUUCAUUUUCAUAAAUGAUGUAUCAUUGGUUGGCUAAAAGAGGCGUUGUUCCUGUAACUUUCAGCUCUUCUGAAGUUAGUUUGUUUGUAAAUUGUAAUGCACGCGACGUCCUUCCUUUUUUUGAAAGAUCGUAUAGACCUACCAUUAACACUCUGGAGCAACGGCUCUGAGGUGCAUGAGCUCCUUGCAGGUGUCUAGGUAUGCAGGGACCUCAUACACUUCUUUUUAAAUGCAAAUGUGUAAAAAAUGAAGAGUGUUAAAAAUUCCCUGAGAGGCAUGUUUUACAACCUCGUCCCCAGGGCUUUAUAAAAAGGUAGAAAAAGGUAAAGCGACCACAUUUUACGUCAAUAACUCGUGACAGUAAUAAUAACUGAUAAACUUGAAGUCGACGGUGCGCUCCUUUUAUCCCCCUCUCUCCAUUAGUGCUCUUUUUUAAGGGUAUUUAAAGCUAGUCAAAGCUACACAGAAAGGAGAGAAGUUGAAAUAAGGAUGUGUUGACACCGGGAAUCGAACUCGGGACCUCGCGCACCGAAGGCUGCGCACUAACCAACUGUGCCACCCUUGCUCCUCUUUUUCCCCCUGAGGACGAGGUUGACAUGUUUUAAGCAUUAUCUCAAGGACAGGGUUACCAUCCCGAGGAGGCACUCUAGUUACUCGCGCGUAUAUUAAGGAAAGUACUUACAGCUGAAAUAUACAGUCAUACAGUCAAUAUAGAAAAAAUCUCGAUUUACUUGAAGAGGGGCCGCGAGAAAUCUGUAGGUAAUGACGACGUUUCGAUUGUUUGCGCCCGCAAGUACGAAAUGGUUAGGAUGACGUAAAGCACAAAAAAUCCCAAAGGGACCGCUUACAAUAGGUAGAUUUUGUGACAAUAAUGGUGCAGUCAUACUUCGAUACUCUUUUGCGUUACGUGUUAUCAGUGACAUUCUGUGGAGCAGUUGUUAUGAAAGUUAUGGACCAAAAGACACUCGUUAAGCACAGAUGAAGUUAUAAGGUGCGUAUAACAGUGUAUAUUUUAAACACUCAGUGAGUUUUCCAGACACGAGUUCACAAAUCUUUGAUUGGAAACCUUGCCAGACACUCUUUCUUUGACCGGAAUAAGACUCGGCCCCAAACAAGCAAGAAGAGUGAAUGAUUCAACGGCUAGCUUAUCACUAGCAGAACGAUGGAUGAUUAAAGAAAUUCGCCGACCAUCAAAUUCUGUGCUGACUUAUUCCCUGCUCACAGAUGUCCUUCCGCUAUAAAGUUUCUAAAACUGUGAAAAGUUUGAACCCAGGAGUCAUUUCAAAAGGUUGAGUUUGAUCGUCCGGGUGAACGUAGUCCUGAAUAGGACUGUUGUUGUUGACAGUGACUGACGUUUCGACAACCUGUGCGGUAGUCAUCUUCAGAGUCAAAGUGAGUUGUAUCACGUCAGUUGAUGGUAUUAUACUCUGGUUAUUGAUCUGAUUGGUCAAUUAUGUCGCGAUGUUAUUGGUCGUCUGUCAGUUAAGCCGUGAUGUUAUUGGCUAUGAAGACUCGUAAUCAGUGAUUGGUGCGUUUCGAUCCAUCUAUUGUCACAGUUAAACAGUCGUCUAUUGUUAGUCAAAUUGUCAGUUCUCCAGUUGUUCUCUCGUAGUUAGUUUUGCUUGAUCUCGUCAAUAAGUCGUUUGUACGGCGCUGGUAACUGUUGGCUACGAUUCGUAUUUGUAUCUAGCGUUGAGGCCGUUCUGUCUCGCCAACACGAGCUGUCAGAAUCUAGCAAGGAUAACAUCAGAAGUAGAGUGACCUCUACUCUACAAUCAGCCUCAUUACCGAACAGUAACUCGACUCCUGACGAACAGAAAGCACUUUAACGACUGAAAACAGACGAGAACAUAGUCAUACUACCCGCAGACAAGGGACGGGUGACUGUUGUUAUGGACAAGACAGACUACGACGACAAAAUGGACUCGCUUGUUAACGACAUCUGCUGUGUAAAUCGAACCGAAACUGUUCAUGGAACCUGGCGUUUAUUUCCUGUAUUUGUCUCACCUAUUGUAUUGAAUACGGGUGAAAAUCUUCAUUAUGAAUCGGUGGUAUAUUUCAAAGAGCCACACAACGGGCAAGAAUACUAUUGACCGACAAUAUACAGAACGGGGGCAGCUGUAGUGUCAACUAUUACUAGUGUUAUUGUAUGACAUCUUUGUAAGCUGGCUUUGUGAUCUGUUUAAAUUGAUAUGUAAAGAUAUUAUCACUGGCAAGUCUUAGCAGCGACACUGAUAGCCGCACAGUAAACAUGGCCACACUUACCGUGUAGAGACUGGGCACAAGUCAGUAUUAUGUACAUGUAAAACUAUUUUGAAUAGUGUAACAACAACUAAACAUUACCAAAUUAAAAACUUAAAAAUUUGAAACAAAUGUUUUUUAGCCAAAUCAAACAAGAAGAGUACUCACCACGGGGAACCCAAUCUGCUAAUAUAUGUGCAAGUUCACCCCACCUUUUAUCUGUAAUUAGGACUAUUUGUAACGGGCACCCCCUCCAGUAUUAAUCGGCAGGUGCUAGGGAAGCUCUGUGCCAAAUUUGACACCUUUGUCACGUCUGUAACGAUCCGGCCUAUAUUUUGCACUAAGAGACCUGACUUCUAAUUUCUUGAACGGAAAAUGUUACUCUUAAUUUUUUUUUUUUUUGGCAAGGAGGUAUUUUUAGUCUGCUCUCUCCAUAUCAAGGUCAUUUGACAGCUUGCAGUAUAUUUCCUGAGUGGUUAUCAUGAGUGCAAUAUAAUUGUCACGCAAUCUAAGGUUACUUGUUUUAACAACUGUCCACUGACCAGUUUAUAGCUUUUCAUUUGCUUGCAGGCUCAGAGUCUUUGAAUUUUUAUGGCAGUUGUAUUCAUUUCUUUUUCUUUCCGAUGUUGUUAAGGACAGUGUCAGACUUUUAAAAUGGUAAAUUGAGGUCAAGUUCAAUCAAGUUCCCGAAUAUCCACUGACACUUCAAACUUUUUACGUUUAAACGUGAUAUGGUGGGGUACAAACUUGCUGCCCCCCGCCACCACCAUACAACGGCUGUAAAAUUCGGCACAUUUAUGGAGCUAUAUUUUCUUGACUAAUUUUAAGGCGCUCUUUUCAGCCAUGUUGACGGAUUUUUGCUAACUGGUCCCAGUCACCGAGGAAGGGUCCAUUAUUGGGAGGAAACCAAGGCAGUUCCUUUGAUGAGAAUUACGUUUCUUAAGAAUUUGCGUUACAAAAGUUGAUGAAUAUUUGGCAUAAACCACUUUACAAUAACUUUUUUCUGCCUUAAACCUGUUGAAGCCCCAUUUACACAAGCGAGAUUUUCAUAAAAAAGGUUGUUAUUGCUGUUGUUUUAGGUAAACACUGGAUUAUGCUUCACAGUAAAUGCAAUCUCAGGCUACUCAGAUGUUAGGAAAGUGAUUUGCAAAUUUGAAAAAUACAGGCUGUAGCUUUACCAGUUUUAUUUGUUCCAUAGGCUAGAUGACAUUUCCAAUACGUAUACUCAACACUGUCGGUAGUGGUGAUUAUUUUAACCACUCAUUUUUAUCCAAUGCUUAUCAUUUUCAUCUGCAGGAACAGGCGAAUCAAAGUGAGCUGUAAUAAGAGAAGCAGCAGCAUGUCCAGUGAUGAGGUGCAACCACAUGUCUGCAAGUAUUGUGAUAAGUGCUUUAGCUCAUUAUCACUUUGUAAAGAACAUGAAGUUAUUCACGAAAGAAAACCUUACAAGUGUCAGUACUGUGAUAAGCGCUUUAACAGCUCCUCAAACUGUAAGACACAUGAAUAUAUACACACAGGAGUGAAACCUCAUAAGUGCAAGUAUUGUGAGAAGAGUUUUAGCUGGGCGUCAAAUUGCAAGCAACAUGAACGUACACAUACGGGAGUAAAACCUUAUAAGUGUAGGUAUUGUGACCGGUGCUUCACCCAGUCAUCAAGUUGCAGACGACACGAAAUUAGACACCAUGAGUGAAGCUUUAUCAGUGCAAGCAGAAAGCAACGUGAACUUACUCAACCAGGAUUAAGAACUAGUACUGACAGCACAAUGUGAUAAAUGCUUUAGGCAGUCAUCACAGUUGCAAGAACAUAAACUGAGGUAUACAUUAACACAGGAUUUAUUCGUCAUCAUACUGAGAUACGUGGUUUUAUGUUUUGUCAACUUACAAGCAUGGGCUUAU